AACUCUCCCUUACUAUCUAUCUCUGCAUUCGACGCCCGAGCCUCCCUAAACCGCAGUCAUGGUCGUUUACCACCAUGUCAUCAACAAUGCCUACACCCCCGCACAGACCGUCGAGCUCUGCUCACGGGCUGGGGUGACAAAGGCGAACAUGAGGAUCGAUAAGAUCUUCUGCAGCAGCUUCAUGGCCGGUUGUUUCCUAGCAUUCGCUUGCUUCGCACUCCUCAGCACGAACACUGCGCCAUGGUACCAAGAGAAUGCGCCUGGUUUGAUCCGGAUGCUCGGUGCCUUGAUCUUCCCGUUCGGACUCGUAACCAUUGUGGUAACGGGAGCAGACCUGUGUACUGGAAGCUUUAUGUAUACAACCAUUGCAGUUCUGCAUCGCCGAUUGUCGCCACUGAAGAUGCUUAUGCAUUGGUUCAUAACCUUCUUCGGCAACCUGGCCGGCUCCUUGUUCGUGAUGGCCAUCAUCAUCGGCUAUGGUGGCGUCUUCUCUAACGCAACGUACAAAGCUGAAGUGCUCACCUUCGCGAACACGAAAGUGGUAACCCCUCAUUGGCACCAGAUCUUCCUCAGAGGCAUUGGUGCCAACUGGCUCGUCUGUCUGGCCUGUUUCCUUGCUUUCAUGGCGCGUGAGUACUUCUCGAAAGUGGUCGCGAUCUGGUGGCCGACCUUCGCCUUCGUAUGUCUUGGGUUCGAUCACGUGGUGGCAAACAUGUCGUUCAUCCCUGCUGCCAUCUUCUUGGGGUCUCCGACGAUCCACGUCGGCUAUUACAUAUGGAAGAGCAUGAUCCCGGCAUUGCUCGGAAACAUCAUCGGCGGUGGACUGUUCGUAGGCGUAGUGUACUGGUACAUGGUUCGUAUUUUCAGGGAGAAAACGCUAGUUUCCAAUGUGCUGACAUAG